GGUGGCUCCUGCAGGGCUUCAAACGGCUGGUUGGUUCCAAUGGCUGAUUCCUUAAAUCCUGCUUCUGGUUUCCCAAAGCCCACCAGAUGAACCCGUUCAUUUUACUUCUGACUUCGAAUCAACACUGAGACACCUUCCUCCUCUGACAGCACCCCAGACCUGUAUCGAGAAAGGUAAUGGUGGGGAUCACGUGACUCUGAAGGGGCUGCGCCGGUGAAGUCUAGUUGUUGACGCUCUGCAAGAUGCCGCAUACUAGUCUCUUCCCCUCCGUGUUGGCUGGCUGCCAGUACCGGUAGACGACCACCACAAACGAAAAUAAGCAGGAGGAUCAGCUAGCCAUGGGGAAGGACGCAGAGCCCCCGCCGGAGCCCUCCGCUACCCUGGGGCCCCAGGAGCCCCCCAAGGAGAGUAUGCAGCUGAAAAAAGACAUCUCCCUGCUCAACGGCGUCAGCCUCAUCGUGGGCAACAUGAUCGGCUCGGGCAUCUUCGUGUCCCCCAAGGGCGUGCUGAUCUACAGCUCGUCGUACGGCCUCUCCCUGGUCAUCUGGGCCAUGGGCGGCCUGUUCUCCGUGGUGGGGGCCCUCUGCUACGCCGAGCUGGGCACCACCAUCACCAAGUCGGGCGCGUCCUACGCCUACAUCCUGGAGGCCUUCGGCGGCUUCGUGGCGUUCAUCCGGCUGUGGACGUCGCUGCUCAUCAUCGAGCCCACUGGCCAGGCCGUCAUCGCCAUCACCUUCGCCAACUACCUGGUGCAGCCGCUGUUCCCCACCUGCGAGCCGCCCUACGCCGCCUCGAGGCUCAUCGCGGCGGCGUGCAUCUGCUUACUGACCUUCAUCAACGCAGCCUACGUGAAGUGGGGCACUCGGGUACAGGACAUCUUCACCUACGCUAAGGUGGCAGCCCUCAUUCUCAUCAUCAUCACUGGCAUCGUCAAGUUGGGCCAGGGUUACACGGCCAACUUUGAGUCCUCCUUCGAGGGUUCCUCCAAAGACCCAGGCGAUAUCGCCCUGGCCCUCUACUCUGCCCUGUUCUCCUACUCGGGCUGGGACACCCUCAACUUUGUGACCGAGGAGAUCAAGAACCCUGAAAGGAAUCUGCCCCUGGCAAUCGCCAUCUCCAUGCCUAUAGUCACCGUCAUCUAUAUCCUGACCAACAUAGCUUAUUACACUGUUCUGGACAUGAGCGCUAUACUGGCUAGCGAUGCUGUGGCUGUGACGUUUGCCGACCAAACUCUAGGGGUGAUGAGCUGGAUCAUCCCCAUUGCUGUAGCCCUGUCCUGCUACGGAGGUCUCAACGCCUCUAUCAUCGCUGCCUCCAGGUUGUUCUUUGUGGGGGCGCGUGAGGGCCACCUGCCUGACGCUCUGUCCAUGAUCCACGCGGAGAGAUUCACUCCCGUCCCCGCGCUGCUCUUCAAUUGUGUCAUGGCGCUAGUCUACCUGACGGUGAAGGACGUGUUUCAGCUCAUCAACUACUACAGCUUCAGCUACUGGUUCUUCAUGGGCUUGUCCAUCGCAGGGCAGCUCUACCUCCGCUGGAAGGAGCCUGACAGGCCCCGGCCGCUCAAGUUGUCCUUGCUGUACCCGGUUGUGUUCUGUAUGUGCUCAGUCUUCCUGGUGGCGGUUCCGCUCUACUGUGACACCAUCAAUUCUUUGAUUGGCAUUGGGAUCGCUCUAUCGGGAGUGCCCGUCUACUUUAUAGGGAUCCACCUGCCUGUAUCCAAACGUCCGGCCUUCAUCAGCAAACUGCUGCACUCGGUCACCCAUUUCACCCAAUAUUCAUGUUUCUGUGUGCUCACAGAGCUGGACAAAACUGAUUAGCGCCUAUACAUUUCAUACACUGUAAAACUACUUGACCACGUCACUGUACUACAUUUACCGCCUCUGGCAUCAGAGAUGAACAACCAAAAGGGGAGAAGUUACUACUAUACUUAUUUUCUGUCAACUAUGCUGAAUUCUUCGUACUUGAUUAAAUGGAUGUUUACAAAUUAUACGGUAAUUGUGUACACUCCCUUUUAUUAUGUGCCUAUCAUAUUAUCCUAUAUUUUAGUAAUAAUAUAACUGACAAUUUUAAGUUAGAUAUUUUUUGUAUCACAUCUGCCGAAGAAUAUGCAUUUGACUCGUGUAUGCCACUCGUGGCCUGUUCAGUGCUAUUCAAUCAUGACAAAUAUGAUCAAGGGUCGGGCAACAACUCAAUUAUAUAUACAUUUUUUUGGAAAUGUAUGCAUUUGACUUUACAAUCGAGACCAUUUCGAUUUUAGAUAGUGUGCAUCGUGUGUGGUGUAUGAAUAUGUUGAGAUGGAAGGCACGUUUAUCAGAUAAAGUAAUUCAUUGAAAAGGGUUCAGGAUGCUAUAUACGGCUUCCUAGACAAUGAAGGACAGGAUGAAUGGAUAUUUUCAUUGAUUCCAGCCAUGUAAUAUAGGCAAAAUAUGUUCUCCAGCUUUUCUUACCCUUCUGAAAUUAGUUCUUUGUACCUUUUUAAAAUGUUAAAUAUUGAAGUUAAUAUAAAAGGGAUUUGUGAUUCAUAAAUCACCUUGGUUUACUCAGGCACCAACCACACUGAUGUAUAUUAUUUAGCAUACUUUAAAUACUGCAAUCUUGUUUGGCUUCACUCUGUUAUCUACUACAAUUGUAUGUAAGCUAAUGCAAUUAAACCAACUUUAAUCCAUCCUUGUUUGGAUCAUUAUUACGUUCCCCUAUAGUUCCGCCUAUUCAAAUUUUAAUUUCUUCACUUUGGACUGAAAAACAUUCUGAGCCAACUUUCAAUAAUUUAAGGCACCUAUGUAGAAUUUGAAUUGGUAAAUCAUAUUUUAAGCAGAUGUAUCCAAAGAUUAACAUUGACAAGUUCAAAUGUUUUACGUUUAUUUUGAAAGCUUUGUUUUUAUACACAUCUACAUAUUUACAAAAAAAAGUUAUUUAAUCCAACAAGCAUUCAGAGAGCAACCCAAUCAUGAACAAAGGGAAUGUUAAAAAUAAACUGCACCACACUUUCAUAAGUGCACAACCUACCCCACGCUUACAUUUAUACACACACACACACACACCACCAUGCACAAAACCUUAAACCGCAAACAGGCGUUGCCCAUGACUUCUCACUAACUUAAGUGUUUAACUGCACAAAGCAUACAAGGCAUACCACGCUAAUGUGCAACAAAUCUAACACACUUCAACUUCACACACAAAUCACACACACAAAUUUCACUCCACCAUACAUUUAAGACACUGUGGACCCUUUCUUUGAAAUAACACCCUUACUCUUUAUCCCUCGGUGUAGAAGAGGGAAAUGUAUAGCCGGUCAGGUUGUUAAAUAAAAUGCAUUGCUCUUCCAACUGCUCAACUUCUAUCAUCGUCAUGUAGCGUGUAACUGUCACCCUCUUUUGCAUGCAGGUCAUUAAAAGUGGUAGUUCUGCAAACAUCGGUUUCUGGCAUACAACGUUGCUCAGGACACUUUCCUACAGUACUUCAUUUGGCUUUUUCGUUUUUCAAGUUACAUUUUCCAACAAUCAAAGUGCUACACAUCGCUCGCUAUGUCGGGCAAU